UAUGGCCAUUAAUUCGACACUCUAUCUCUUCAAAGAUUGCGCAGUAUAUAAACCGGUACGUUGAUGAAAAGAUUUGUUAGACAGCGUAAGCAAUCAAGGCUCAACACUACCAUCAAGGCAAUCUACAGAUAAUUCUCCAUAGCAAAUAACAUAACACUAGAGAACGGCUAAAAAGUCUGGCGAAUUAAAUUGCAGUUGUUUUUAAUUGACCUCUACUUUUCGUGGUAAACGGGUUCAGCUGAUCUCUGUCACAAAGUGGUCAAUUUGUUACAUCUUGCCAACGCGACUUAUUUCAAGAUUUGGGUGAGGGAUUACAUAGGACAGCGAGAGAAUUUAGCGAAAUUCAAUCGACGCAGCAAGAAAAGCAUUAACUGUGCGGGUUGUUUUUCACCAUUGAGAAAAAUGAUAUCAAACAAAAUUUGUUCCGACAAGUUUAUUACAUGGAAGGAAGUGAGCUAGUCCGCUAAGAGAAUUGAUACAAGUACCUGCCGACCAAAAUGCUGAAAAAUACUCAAAAGGGAAAUGUUUCACACGCAAUCAUGGCAACUGUUGCAAUGAUGGCUUCCACAACCAGAUCACGACAGAAUGACGUUUGUUCUAACAGUCCGACUGCUGCCGAUGUUCGACUGUCGUUAUUGGAUCGGAAUCAACCGGGAUGCUUAGGUAGACGAAAACGUACAGAGAUAGCGCAAGGUGGAUGGCGCAUGUGUUGGAAACAAAUGCUGACGAAGCCUUUUCAAAGCAAUACGCGUGCCCGCGUGGGAGGUUUUCGUGAAAAAAGAAAUGGGAAAAAGCGUAAAAGUGAUGCAGAAAACGAUAUGAAGGAUUCCAUCGCAUCUCGGAUGCGAAUGGAUGAGCUUUACCGUAUUUGGCUUUGUGAAGUGGACGAGUUAAGCGCAGAUAGUUCGGAUGACGAAUCGUGGUCGAACGAUCGGAGGCACCCGUACUAUUCUCGAGUCUACGACAGCAAUAUGUCGAGCACAGACAGUAGUGAUUCAGAAGAUGAAGUUAGGUCUUCGGUGUCCGAGUAUGUUCGAAAGGGACCGUCUAGGAUGAAAAUGGAUAUCAAGACCGUAUGCAAGGGGACAAAGUGUGGUUUCGAUGAACAAUCGGACACAAGUUGUCAAACAUCAGGAUCAAGUGAUUAUUCUUGGGAUGAGGAGUCUAAAGGGGUAAACAAGAAUUCAAAAAAGAAUUUCUUACGAAAUAAGUUUUUCAGGAAGAAAGGAUUUCAUAACAAGCGAAACAGCAAUAAAAUACCGAAGAAAAUGACAUCGGACGUAUUUGCGAAAACACAUGAAACAAGAGAAGACGAAGAAUGUAUUGAACAUUUGCGCGGAGAAGGAACAACUGAACUAGCGAUCAUUUGUCAUGGAGUCGUAAAGACAGCGCAAUUGAAAAGAAUUACAAUGAGAGACAACGAGAUCCACGCAAACUCAUCAUGCGUACGAAAAAGUAAAAGUCCACAAAGUGAUGAAGAAAGUCGAUUUAAGAUCAAUGUGGCAUGUGAAUCGGAUUUAAAUUUACCCUGGGGGCAAAUAAAACAUGAAUUUGUUUCAAAUGCGCGCUGUAUCAAAGAUACUCAAAAUUUUUCAUCGUCGAACGACCAAGUAAUGGAUAAAUUUAAUUUCGUAACAAUUCUUGGCGGAAAUGGUUAUCAUAAAUUGUGUGAUGGAGAAUCAAGUGAUAAGAUUGCCGAGGAAGAAAUCUUUAACUAUGGCAAGCGAAACGAGGCAUGUAAUUUCAUUAGUCGCAAGGUGUUGACAAUUCUAGGAGUAAUAAAAUUACGCAUUUCAAAUAAUCCAGGGCUUAUCGCUUCCAAACAGGUACGAGAUGUCAGUACUUUGAAACAGAUCGCUCAUUCGGAAGAUGUAGCUGAUGACAGAAAAAAUAAUCUGAAUUUGAAAGAUUUGGAGCAUAUGGCACCAGCACAUGUGGAAAGAAAUUUGAAGGCGUCUCGUGAUAACAAUGGCAGUUUCGUUGAUAAUAAAAGAGUUUUUUAUCAGGCAUGUCAACAUGUCGUUCCUGAUUAUCCAAGUUCACAUCAAAAUCCUGAAGCUUCCAAGGAGACGUACUCAAUUGAGCAAUGCGAAUAUCAACGUUUCGGAUGCAAAUUUUCGGGUUCAAAAAUGAUUGUAGAAGAACACAUGAAAUCCUGUGUCUUGGAACAUCUGAAAUUAGUUAGCGAAGUGGCAAAGGAUCAAAAAGACCGGCUGAAGAAUCAAGAAGACGAACAACACCGUCAGAGUAUACUCAUCCAGCAACUCACUGAUACCGUUAACGACCUGAGUGCUUGGUCAAGGAACAUGAUGAAGCGAACCAAUCGCGUGAAAGAACAACACGAUUCAUGAAGAACGAGAUCAAAGAGCAACGUAAGCAAUAUCAACGGUUUCCAAAGAAAUAAGAAAUCAAAUACAAACUAUUAACAAAUCAGAAGUAAGCAUAUUACCGAAGAGAAACUGUACAGCAGAGUACAUUUUGCCAAUCAGAGACGUUCGAAACCAACUUGAAAAAACCAAAGUAGGCUGUAUGGAAGAUCCAAUUAUCAGUGAGCCAUUCUACACUGGAAUGCUUGGGUACAAGCUGUCUAUAUGGGUGUAUCUAAAUGGCCGCGGUAAAGCUAUGGAAACUGGAUAUCAGUGUAUGCUCGCGUCAUGUCUGGUGAUCAUGACAACAUACUCAGCUGGCCAAUACGACCGACGUACACGUUUUCAUUGCUCGACCAAUCAGACAAUGAGAAAGAACAUAUCGUCCGCAAGCGUACAGUCAACGACAUCAGACGAGAUGGGGAAACGUGAAGGCUCGUCCAGAGCUCGGCGAACGUUCGGUAAUCGUCGGGUUUGACGACUUCAUCGCGCAUGGUCAGUUAGAGAAAGGAAAAUAUGUCGUUGAUGAUUGUUUGUAUAUCAAACUAGAUGCAAGCAUCGCGUAUUAAAGUCUAACAACAUUGAAAAGUUUUUACUCAUGACAAACGACAACGUGGACGGUAAAUUAAAAUAAAUACUAUGAUCUC